AACGCAGGCUGACUAUCACAUGAUCGUGUCCUUGCUGGGUGCAGGUGAGAUAAACCUACGCCAACGUGGUGUCAAGGUAGAGUUAUUGUAGAGGGUUCAAGGUACACGAUUGUCGGGGGUCAAUUUAACACUUGACAUUGGCUGCUAGGUAUGAUGUCCAAGAUGGGAUGUCACGUGGUACUGCUUGUCUUGCUGUUGAUCAAAGUCAACCUGGCUAUGGUGUUGGAUGAUGAGGCAACUGUCUUCACAUCCUACAGCCUUCCCAAGGACAGAAAGUUCAUGGCAACGGUCGGUAAUGGUUACGUGGCCACCACAGUCUACAGCGACACAAUCUUCAUGAACGGACUGUUUAACGGAGAGGGCGGGGCCAGUCACCGCGCCCGGAUCCCUGCCACUGUGUCGGUUACCGUCAAUCUGGAUGGAAGUACCAUCCAAUCAUAUGCCUUGGAUGUGGCACGUGGAGUUUUCAGCCACACAAUACAGUCCGAGGUGGCAAAUGUGCAACAACGGACCUAUGCUCACCAGUUCUACAGUAGACUACUGGUUACAGAGAUAACAGUCAACCGAACGGACGCCAUGGCAACCAGGGAGGCUGAACCAAUCAGAGUGGACCUGAAGAGCAACAUGGGGGGUCCAAGUGAUGAUGUGGAGUUUCAUGAUGGUCCUGACUUCCAGGGAGGAAAGUACAUGCUUGGUAAAAUCAAGACACCAGAGUUGAAGGGAGGAGAUAAGCCAAUUGUGCAUGUAGUGUGGACCCCUGUCCCUGAUAACAUCACCCUUCCAGCCGACCAAUCAUCACAGACCUGGACAUUCAUCACAUCCAUCUCAUCCAAUCAGAAGGAGGCAGAACAGUUCUACCAUGUUGGGACAAACCUUGCAGGCAAGGGUACACUGUACACCAACCACACACAGUCCUGGCUGAAAGUGUGGGAGGAGGGCAGAAUUGAAACAACAGGGAACCUCCAGCUACAACAAGCUAUUUAUGGUAGUCUGUACUACAUCCUCAGCUCUCUGCCUCCUCUGAAUGCUCCAAAAGAUUUUGAGUUUUUCGGGGUCAGUCCAGGUGGUUUGGCAAAUGGUAAGUACCAAGCAGAUUACCAAGGCCACAUCUUCUGGGACCAGGCCACGUGGAUGUACCCUCCUAUACUGCUCCUGCAUCCUGAGUUAGGACUGUCCAUGUUGGAGUCUCGCACUCGUGUGCUGGACGCAGCAAAGGAUAACGCACGGAAGAGGGGGUACAACGGUGCAAUGUUCCCGUGGGAAAGCGCAUACACUGGUCACGAGGUGUGUCCGGCGCCAGGACCCCUGAAGUACGAGCACCAUGUGACGGGAGACAUCGCGUUUGCAGCACAGCAGUACAUCCUGUCCACUAUGGAUGUGAACUUCCUGUUGUACAAAAAAGGCUAUGACUUCAUCACCAGUAUGGCUCAGUUCUGGGCCAGCCGCACACAGUAUGAUGAUAAGAAGAAGAAGUAUGUUAUAAGAGCUGUGAUGCCACCAGAUGAGUACCAUGAGAACGUAGACAACUCUGUCUACACCAAUAUUGUGGCCAUGUACAGUCUGAGCUUUGCUUCCAAGAUAGCCAAGUUGCUAGGGAAGUCUCCACCUAGCAACUGGACAGACAUUGUUGACAACAUGUACAUCCCAUUUGACAAGACUAAGCAGUAUCAUCCUGAAUAUGAAGGCUACAAUACAAACAUCCAGGUGAAGCAGGCUGACGUGAUCCUGCUGGGCUACCCCCUGUUGUACAACAUGUCGGAGCAGGUGUACAGGAACGACCUGACCAUCUACGAGCGGGUGACAGAUGUGAAGGGACCCGCCAUGACCUGGGGCAUCUUUGCUACGGGAUGGCUGCAGCUGGGCAACAUCACCAAGGCUAACAGUCUGUUUGCCCGCAACUACAAAAACAUACAAGAACCCUUCAAGGUGUGGACAGAAACCAGUUUUGGUGCAGGAGCAGUGAACUUCAUGACCGGUAUGGGAGGCUUCCUGCAGGCGGUUCUCAACGGUUACGGUGGGAUCCGCCUGCAGGAGACUCAGCUGGACUACCACCCCACACUACCAGCUGACACCACCAACUUUAACAUCAUAGGACUGGACUACAGACGGAACAAGCUGAACUUCGAAGCCGACUGUAACCAGAUUCGUGUCACGCUGACCCGACAGGACAAAGGUCACCAGCAGCUGACUCUGAAGGUCAAGGCCACAGGGCAGGAACAUGUCCUACAGCCAGGAGUACCUGUGGUGUUUUCCAGAGGAGCUGCCUCAAUAUUCCCCAAGACAACUCUGUAGUUCAACAGUGCCUUUUUCAUUGUGUAGAGUUAAUAAUAUAGGCCAAAGUGCUGCUUGUGGCUGGUUAAAUUUGACUUGCAGCUGGGUUGUGUUGUGCCAUUUAGAGAGAAAAUUACUAUAGUUUGGAAUGAAUUGAAAGCUAUUAUUAUGUAUUAUUAAUUAUUCAUCAGAUGCUUGAGCACUUAAAAGUAGCUAUCUGGCAUUGUUGUGGAUGAAAUGUAUCCGCAUACAAGUGAUUACAAAUUUAUAUAGACACUCCUUUUUAUUUCUCUGGUCUCAAUCAUGAUGAAAGGAACCAUAAAAUGGUACAGCAAAGACUUGUGUUAAAAGAGUACACAAUUUUUGUCAUUUAUUUGAUCCAAAAGUCUUCUUUUGAACUAUGAGAUUACAGGUAUUACAGCUAACAUGUUGUGUAUAAGCCAAAUAAGAUGAAAGGAAGAGAUAACUAGCUUUAUCUAAAAAAAAGUUUGCAGUCAUCUCAAGUCUUCUAAAUUCAAAGAAUUAGGAUUAUUUAUUUGGUUUUUGGUUGAUUCUUAUUUUCAGAGAAAGAUAUCUUGAUAUCUUUUAAUAUCUUGUAUAUUUGUCACUAUAAUCUUUGGUUACUCAAAGCUGUGUUAUGUUAAACCCACUUUUCAGUGUGUGGCUGUGCCAUAUCUGAUUACCUUUACCUAUAGUGUCUAUCAUUUUGUUAUUUAGAAGAAAAAAAAGAUAAUAUUGCUGUUUCAUAACAAAAAAAAAAGAAAAUUGCUAUCAACUCACUUCUGGAUUAUCUGCUCUCAAAUUUUAAUUUGUUUAGCAAAAUAUGGAUAACAUUCUGUGUGCUGAUUUUUCAGUGUGUGGUUUUUGCAAACCGGCAAAGAUAUUGCACUACUGCUACAUAUAAUAUGGUUGUCAUUGAAACUGAAAGAAAAGCUUAUGGAGCUGAGAGGAGUUAUUAGGAGCUGUGAAAGAAUAAAGAGACAUUCUGUUU